UUUAGUGUCAGUUCUGUAUUUGAAAAGUGCUCGUCGUGGCGCUGAAUUUCGCAGUGCAGCGUUAUUUAAAUAGCCGACUUCGAAAGAAUAAAAUUCAAAUGCAAUUCGAGCAGUGCAUGUAAUUAAUACUUAAAGAUCUUUUUAGUUGUGCACAUUAUUGUUUAUAAUUGAACCAAAAAAUAAAAAAAUAAAUCAGCAAAAACAAAUAUAAAACGUAAUACAAAACUACGUCUACAAAAUGAAGUACAAAUUUUUGCUGUUGAUGAUCAAUAUGAGUGCAGCAUUGUUGCUGCAUCUGGUGGCUGCCCAGCACGAGGACAUUCCCUACCAGCACGUGACGAACAUUUGCGAGACGUGCACCUGUUUGAGUGCCCAGGAUAGCAAUCAUCGCCUCCACCAGACUCUCAACUGUGCCAUGAAGAACUUUCAGCAUAUUCUCGCUCGCUGGCCCAGUGAGUUUGGCACGGAUCAUCGUGGCAUGGAGAUAGUCGCCUCGUAUUCCGGCAACAAUAUUCGCCUUUUGCAACAGCUACCUGCCACCAGAGCUGUGCUGACGCUGUCGUGCCGGCACUGUGGCAUGCAGCAGCUGCAGGCACCGCUCUUCAUGGACGUGCCGAAUGUGGAGGGUCUGUACCUGAGCUGGAAUGAGAUUGGCGAUGACGCACUGAAACCGGAACUGUUUCGCGGGCCCUUUAAUACCACCAAAUACGAGCCGAUAGCCCUCAAGGAUCUGGAACUCAGCCAUAAUCGUAUCUCCCGGCUGGAUCGCAAACUCUUCGAGCACACGCCGCAGCUUCGCAAACUGGCUCUAGCCCAUAAUCGUCUCAGUGUGCUGGAUGCAGCGACGACUGCUGCACUGGCAUCUAUCACGAGUCUGCAGCGCCUGGAUCUCUCCCACAAUGGCCUGUUGACGCUGCCUGCCGAGCUCUUUUCGCAUCUGGGCAAUCUGCAGUUCCUCGAUGUUUCGGGCAAUGAGUUUGCCCUCGUUCCGGCCAGCAUUCAGCAGCUGGGCAAAUCUCUGCUGCAACUGAAUCUGGCAGGGAAUCCAUUGCCCAAAAUAGGUGCCGAAAGUUUCCGGAAUCUGGUUGCACUGCGUCGACUGAACAUCAGUGAGUUGCCAAUGCUCCGCUCCAUUGAGCAGGGUGCCUUGCAGCUGCCUGCCUUGGAGCAGCUGGACUGUGCACGCAAUCCAAAGCUGGAGCGACUGGAGUUCAACAAUUUGCUGCACAGUCGCAAUCUGACGCAGCUGGACAUCUCACAGAAUGCUUUGAGCUCCCUUUCGCCGAACGUGAGCGAAGAUGCGAACUCCACCAGCUCUUGGCCACGAUUGAAAAAGUUCGCGAUUGCCGGCAAUCGCUGGUAUUGCAGCUGUGAUCUGUUCAAGGCUUUGGAGCAUGCGGGUGCUCCGCAGGUGCUCCAAUCUCUCGAUGCGGUGGCCCGCUGCGAGACACCCUAUCUGUUAGCUGGCAUGCCACUGACCAAUCUGACGUCCGAGCAAAUCUGCAACAUGGUCAUACCCAAGAAGUAUCGCGCUGUCGAGGAUGAUCCGCCACGUUUCCUGCGUCGUCGGUACAUCAUACUAACCGUGAUCAUUGCCAGCAUUGUUGUCGUCGCUGGUUUAAUCAUUGGCUUCGUCGUCGUCUGCGUUCGGCGUCGGCUCAAGGGCAACGACUUUGGAGUUCAGCCCAUACGCUACACCAGCGUCCGUGGCAGCAAUCUGUCCGCCUUCUCGCAGCUGCAGCCCGUCUCGGUAACCAGCAAGUUCAACAAUGCCGCCGCCGCAGCCAAAACGGGUGCUCCAAAUGCCUGAGAAGAGAUCAGUUGCUUUGCUGCUGCACGAACUAUAGUAUAAGCCAAAGAUGCCCACGAAAGUGUUGCAGCAACUAACAAAGACUUUGCGCACUUGCAUUUUCUAUGUAUAUAAUAAUAUAUAUGUUUUAUCUUAUCUUAUCUUUAAUUCCUUACUCUGAAGGAGUCCUGCCACCACAUCCACAUCCUAGUGCCUUAGUGUUGCCAUCGCUGUUUGUGUUGUACUUAAGUUUCGAUAGUUUUUAAUUAUUGUGAAAUAAAAUUCAUUUUUAUAUCCAUUACAACAAAAAAA